AUGGCUUUCGCAAACCUCUUUGUGUGGGUACUGCAAAUCCUCACCCUGAAGGUGCCCGUGGUCACUGGUGAGCCAGAUGAAGCCACACCUGACCGCAUGCAGCAGCCUUUGGGGCUGCUGAACCAGGACACUGUUUGGCUGCUGCAGGAGGUGGAGCAGCUGAGCCAAGAGAAGAGCAAGGGGCAGAGUUACUCGGUCUGGAGAGCCCUGCUCUUUGCCUUGCAGCACUGGCAACCGGGUCUGAUUGCUGGCGUCCUGCUCCUCCUGAGUCUCUUGUCGAGUAGUUUCUUCCCGGUGCUAGAAGCAGCCAUCGGGGUGGGCAGUGCCUUUGAAUGCUGGAGUCCCCAUGAAGAUGAUGCUGUCUACCGUCUGCUUGUGUCCCUGAAGCCCCCCCUUGGGCACGCCUUCUGCCUGGAGGUGGGCAACCUGGGCCAGAUGCCGGGGGACUCUCGCAUCCAUGUGGAACGGGUGUGCAUAUGCAUGACUGAGGAGACAGUGGGGGACAUGCUGUGCUUCCUUCAUCACCCCGAUGAGGCACUGAGGAAGAAUCAGAAGCCCGGCCUCCUACACACCCUCUGCACCGGCUCCUACCUAGAUGUGCAGAAGACUGCCCUAUGGUUCUGGGACUCUGUGAGGUCAGCCUGGGAGUUCAUGCCUCAGUCACGUCAGUACAGGAUGAAGGUGCUGCCCUCCAGCCACUCCUGCAAGCUGCAGCUGACACAUGUCUCUGGGAGAACCUUGCUCUUUAAGAUGAUGCUUGGCGUGCAUCAAGGCGACACAGACAUCUUUGUGACCAGCCAGGCUAGAGAACCUGUCUACACCCCAAGCACAACAUGGUCACUGAGCUUCAGUGUGGCAGAGGCAAAGUUCUUCUGGUUGAUGGCCACGAAGGUCCCACAUGACAGCUUCCACCUCAACUGCCUGCAACUCUGCGCCCGUAUGCUGAUGGGCACUGGAUUUUCCAGCUAUGCCUUUAAGAUAGUGGUGAUGCACCUCCUGACUACCAUGCCCCUGGCAGGCUGGAGCAGGAUGGAUUUCCUUCUGCGGCUGGAAGACGUCAUGCGGUACCUGCGUUGCUGCCUGGAGGAGAAUCAACUCAACCACUUCUUCUUUGGCAAUGAGACCAUUCCCAAAGAGAUCAUCUUGCCCUCAGCCUUGUGAAGAGCUGAGCCAGUCAACCUCUUGCAGAACGUGGCACAGGAUCCGGCUGCUCAUGAGCAGGCAAUGAGGGACUUCAGGGAGCUGCAGUUUCAGCUUAGACGAGAGCUCUUCAAUUGGUGCUGA